AGCAUGCGACCAGCCGGGCGCCUCAGGCUGAGGAGGUGGCUGGAGGAGCAGAUCCAGUCUGGGAAAUAUCCCGGAGUUCGCUGGCUGGACCAGUCAGAGAAAGUUUUCCAAAUCCCGUGGAAACACGCAGCUCGUCACAGCUGGAGUAUCGACCGAGACGCCACUCUCUUCAGGAGCUGGGCCAUGCACACAGGGCGAUACCAUCCAGACAAACACCAAGCAGAUCCAAAGACGUGGAAGGCCAACUUCCGCUGUGCCUUGAAUUCUCUGCCUGACGUGUGUGAGCUGCGUGAACGCAGCAGGAAGAGCGGCAGCGACGCCUUCAGAGUCUAUAAGAUGCUUCCCAUCGCACACGCACGCAAGAAAGGGUCAGUGGGUCAGCAGGCCGAGAGCAGCAGCGAGCAGCAACCAUGGCAACCUCCAAGCACCACUUCAUCCUGCACAGACGAUGCAUCUCCAAGCAUUCAAACCCAAGACACGUGGGAGCAGGACCAAGACCAGGCUGGAUCCGAGUUACUGGAACACUUUAGCAGUGCUGACCUGACCAGCGACCUGACUUGGGUUCAGCGAGGAUGGCGGUCACACCUACUCUGGGACAACUGGGACGCUGUCGUGUAG